AAUCCAUUCUUAAUUAUUGUUUGAAUAUCAUUAUUAAUAUCGUUGUUGUUUUGUUGAUUUAAAAUAAUUUCUACUAUUCGAGCUUUUUUUCACAAAUAUUUCUCUCACAAUGGUUUCCUGUCGUGGUUCAAUUGCUAAAGCAAUUCUUUGUAUGAUGAAUGCAACAUUCAUUAUGAUAUCAUUGGCCAUGAUUCUUUUGGGAUUACAAAUGAAAGUACAGCAAACGACAUUAUCAUACGAAAUGGACAGCUCAAAUAUGACAACCAAUAGUUAUCCAUAUAAUGAUGAUUCUGUAGAAUUGAUGGGCAUAAUGAAAUGGGAUCGAAUGGCUAAUCUGUUGCUAUUGAUUGGAACAUUUUUGAUCAUCAUAUCGAUAUAUGGUUUUUGUGCAGCAUUAAACGAAUCAUCAUUAUUAUUGAACAUUUAUAUCUAUUUUUUGAGUAUAAUAUCGUUGGCUGUAUGGGUAACAGUUAUUUUUAUACUUAUGUUCAAUCCAACGUUGUUUGAAUAUAGUCGUCAUUUGUUUAUUGCACGAAUGGAAGUAAUUUCCAAUCCAACACAUCGUGAUAGAAUUAAUCAUGCUUUGUUUUUGCAAAAUUUUCAACAAAUUUUUCAUUGCUGUGGUAUAGAUUCGCCAAACGAUUGGUCAAAUUCAACAUUUGGAAAUGUAUCAUUAGGUCGAGAACGAUUGCCUGCAAGCUGUUGUUCAAAUGAACGACAACAAAAACAAGAUUUAUCAAUCAAAUUAUUUAUGAAAGAAGAUAGUUAUAAAACUUGUGUCAAAGAUCAAAUGACUUAUCAUGAUGGCUGCUUUUCAUCGAUACAGAUUUUACGUUACCGUUUAUUUGGAUUAAUGAUUAUAAGUGCCGUCAUUUUAAUGUUGGCUUUAUUAUUAGCAUUAACAUGUUGUCUUGAACGUGAUAAACGUUUACAAUUUGCUCAUAUGGUUAAUAUGCAAUAUGCUACACAUUUAUCUGGUUGUCAUCAAAGUCCACAUGAACUUGGAUAUUUUGGCCGUCGUAUACAUUGUCCGUUUCGAAAAUCUUCUGUUGAAUCACAAGGUGAACAGAAUCUAAAACGUACAAUGAUGAGUUCCAUGAUCGAAUCUUAGAGUCGAUGAUUUCGGAUAAAUUGCACCAUUGCAAUUAUCAGUAUUGAUAACUUUUAUAAUUUUUUUAAAAUUAA